GCAGGGGAGUGACGACGGCGACGAUGCCCGGCGAAACGAGCGAUGGAGGAGGGGAAGACAUCAACGGCGGACAAGGCCGCCAUAUUGAAUCACUCUCGUUAAUUUUUGCGCAGAGGCGGUGUGAAUUUUUUCUCCUUGCGCGGAAGGUAGCAGCCCAAGGUUGGUGUCUGGGACUCGCGUAUGGUGACGAUCGUUCUCGCGGUUACCACCGACAUCCGCGUCAUCCCCUGUCCAUUUAACGGAGGCUCUCCUUCCCUCAGUCUGCGCGUACGUACGUAUUUUUAUGUUCUCUCGUGUUUGUGACAAACACGGAGCUGAAAGUCCGCAAUUGAAAGUAAGCCGCAGGCGAAAGACAUGGUAGAACGAUGCACGGCUAUGCCAGGCGAAAACGUAUCACGGAAACGCGCGGAAAUCGCGCGUGUAUGAUCGCGCGAGACGGUGAAGUGUGCUCGUGCAUAGGGAGAUACACUCGAGAGAAGUGAAGUGUAUGCGUACACUGACUGCGGUAUGUCGUGUGCGCCAUGUCAUUAGCUCCUGUAUUUGAAAGAAUGGAAGCCAUGGACUUGGACGGGGAUGCGGUUGUUGACUUGAGUGUUAGCAGCAGUAGCAGGAGAAAUUCUCCAUCGAUCACAGUUAAUUCUGGUGAUGUAGGAGUUCCAUUAGAUUUAGGUGUUCAUUUUCCCUCGAAUCCUAAUGUGGACAACAUGCCAGAAGCACGUAACAUUCAGAAUGCAGCAAGAGGCAUUUUGGCUCCUAAGUCUGGGGAUGAUAGGAAAACACGUCGUAAUCUUAGACCUAGAAUUGAAAUAAGUUAUGCAGAAAGUCCUGAUGAGCGUAGAAUAAAUGGUUAUGUGAAUGGAAAUGCAGACAGUGAUGAAGGUGAUAUGCCUCCUUUGCCUCCGAUAAAAGAAUUAUCAUCAGACGAAUUGGCAGAACGUGAAAGAACACUCAGAAAAUUAAGGGAGGAUCUUAGAUAUGAGGAAAUGAAAUUGGUAUUAUUGAAAAAAUUACGGCAAUCUCAACAACUGAAGGAAAACAUUGCUUCUGUGCCCAAAGUUCCAAGUAAAUUACCUCCUCCGGUUACAGUACAACCAGCCCCUCACAGUAACGUUCCUGUUUCCAGUCAUAGGACAGGCAAGGCACCACCACCUUUGCUCAGAGGACAACCUGCACCUAGCAGAAGUAGUAGUUUACACGCACCACCACCUGGAAUGUUAUUACCACCCACAGUUGGACGGAGUUCUACUUCUAGUACUGGAAUGCCACCCAACAUGGUCAUACCACAACCACCUCAUCCUAGAGGUAGGCCACCUAGUGCAACGCCCAAUGUAUCAAAUUAUCACGCACCUGCAGAUAGAACUGAGAGGUCUACAAAAGAUCCAACACCCACUCCAGCACAUCAAGUAAGUAAGCUGCUUGUUGGACCUCAAGAAAAUAAAACCACAACAUCCUUAAGCACACCUGUGAUUUCAGAACAGGAGAGACCAAGGGAUGAUAAUCAGACACCGGCACAACGUCAGGCAGCUGCUAAAUUGGCUUUAAGGAAACAACUUGAGAAGACGUUGUUACAAAUACCGCCUCCAAAACCUCCACCACCGGAGAUGCACUUUGUGCCAAAUCCGUCUAAUACGGAAUUCAUAUACUUGGUGGGUCUGGAGCACGUAGUUGAUUUUAUCACUAAAGAACCCGCUAUCCCACCCCCUCCGGAACCGUUUGAGUGCACUCAAUGCAAAACGGAUUUCACACCUGUGUGGAAAUGGGAAAAACCUGUAACCGGCGGUAAAAAAGAAGGUCCACGAGGGCAGCAUGCGACAUUUCAAAGACCUCCGGCUGGUCGUGAUCCUCGGGUCAUAUGUGAACAUUGCGUUACGACCAAUGUUAAAAAGGCUCUCAAAGCAGAACAUACUAAUCGGUUAAAGACAGCGUUUGUGAAAGCGCUACAGCAGGAACAAGAAAUAGAGCAAAGGUUGGCCCAAGCAGCGUGUCCAAGUCCAGAUCCACCAGCUCCUAAACCAGUUCCUAAAGCGGCUACUCCUACAAGAAGAGUAGCAACACCACCAGCCCCUCCACCACAAGUUCCACCGGCACCAACGCUAGCGCCAACCCCACCAGCACCCAAAUUACAAGAACAUCCUCUUGUCAAAUUGGCAGAAAGUGGAAAAUUCAGUCCGCAUCAUGCUGCUGCGGCUGCUUUACAGCAACAACUGCUCAGAGAACUGGCAAAAAAUCCAGUACCAGGUCUACCACCUCAUCAACCUCUUCCAGCUCACAUGAUGCCACCAUUUACAUCUAUAUUAUAUCCUUAUCAACUAGCAAUGGCGCAGGCUGGUGGAAAAGGCCUGGCAGAAUUACAACGACAAGCAGCAGAUUUACAACGUCAAUACUUGCUUGAUAUGAUUCCGUCGCAAGCAUCGCAGGCACAGGGUAACCAGGCUCCACCUCGAGCUCAUCCGCAUAAUUGGAAGACGUAACCAGACGCAUUUAAAAACCGACCAAUGAAUACAAAUAAAUGAAAUUGCGAAAGUUGUGUUGAAGAAUAUCGAGAGGAAAAGAUACUCAUAUUCUUUUGCCACAUUGUACCGAAUGAAGAUUUCAAUGGAUUGUGAAAGUCGUAUCUUCAUGACAUUUUUAGAAUAAUGUAUCAAUCCUGUAAGAUUGAUAUCUUUAUUUACAACGUGAAGCUCAAACUUGGAACAAUGGGACAGACACUUAUUGUGAAAAUGAAUGGAUUUUAACUUUCAUUUUGUGAAUAUACAUAGACGUGUGAGUGAGUGAGUCUUGAUUGUUACCCAGAGGGUUCGAUGUUUUAUCGUCUCGAACAUCCUAAACUUUCAUUUAUAACAUACGAAUGAUAAUUUUCGUAAUUUCCUUGGUGGUUUCAAAGAGAGAGAAAGUGAAAUAAUGACACACACAAUUUAUCCCAAACGCCAGAAAACGAACAGAUUUUUUUGAUUGGUUACUCUUUCAGGAAGGAGCAAUAUCUGUUUUCUUCUUUUCCGCAUUACCCUAUGUUGAUAUUAACAAUACUACGAAGAAAUAAUAAAUGAAUGUCAAUCAGUUGAACUACAUAAUAACGUGGACGCACAUAAUUGAAUAUAAUUACUUCAAUUAUUACAUCAUAUAUAUUAUAUAUACAUAAAGAACCAAGUGGACAUUUAUAAGGCACUAAGGACAGUAAUAAGUGUUCGUGAUCAUAAAAAAGUUCGUUGAUCCACGAUAGUAGAGAUAAUCGGAAAGGGAGAGAAUGAACGAAUGAACGCGAGUGAGAAAGAGAAGGGUAAAGAAUACGCAUAAGCAUGUAGUGUAAAGCAACAAUGUUGGGAAAAAAAAGUGGAAUCAUUCAUAUAUUAUAGUUACGCCAACUUCUGUCGCUAGUUUGAAUAAUUUUUUUUUUUUUGACCAUCGGCGGUACCUGUUUUAUGUAUAUUUCUUUAUUUCUUUUUUUUUUUUGUCUUUCAAACUGUGACUACUUUUAAGACAGUUAUAAUAAUUGAGAAAGAGAAAGAACGAGAGCAAGAGCGAAUGAGAGAGAAAAUUGUAGACUACUGACGAGAGGAAAUGGAAAAAAGAAGAAAAGAAACAAAUGAUCUUUAUAAAAAUGUACGUCACUGACAUAGCAAAAAACGAAUGUGGGUGUGAUAGUAAUGUUUUUUCGUUUUUUUUCUUUUUGUUUUUUAUUGUCAUUGCGAAAGGACAGAGAAUGAGCAUUCAGUAUCUUAAAAAGAAAAAAAAAAAAAAAUAGAGUGACACGAGUGUCAUUCGCGCACAAGUCGUAAAAGAAACAAUUUCAUAAUAAAAUUUCUUCAGAUUCAUUUUAAUGCAAGAUGUAUUUAAAAGAAAAAAAAGGAAAAAGUAAAAAAAAGGAGGCGUGAAAUGAAAAAAAUAUAUAUAUAUGUAUAUGUAUGAACACACACAUACACACACAUAUACAUAACACGCGUUAGCAUGCAAACACACACAUACACACACACACAUAUAUGUAUAUAUAUAAAAGAAACAGAAGAAAGAAGGAAAAAAAUUUUGUUAACAAUGGUGUAAAUUAUUAAUGAUAGCGCGAUUGAUUUCAUGUGUCACGUUGAUGUAAAAAUAUUUAAUGAAUCUAAACAGGUUAUAUGUACCCGAAGUAUUUCUUGAAGGAAAGCAGAGAAAAAGCGAUGGCAGAUCGCCGAGUUCUUAUGAAAUUCUCUCUUCUGAAGAAAAAUCUUUAUCUGCACUCUAAGGAAAGAAAAAGAAAGAAAGAACAAGUUUGGAAACAGAAAGAAAAAAAAAAAAAAAAGAAAAAAAAAGAAAAAAAAGGAACAAAAUCUCUCCGGCACACAUCCCAAGCAAUACUUAUUACCACCCCCACUUUUGAACAAUCUGAUUUUUCAUUGAUUACCGCCUAACCAAUUGAUCUUGGACACAAUUUCCGAAUCACUAAAUAUAUAGUUAACUGUAGUCUUGAUAUUUCUCGGUAUAUGAUACAAGUUAAUAAACUAAAAAUAGCAUAAUCAAUCUCUCUUUGUACUACGUGAUAGAUUUUGAACUCAUACUUGAUAUACAUGUACACCGUAAUAAGUCUAUCGAUCGCAUAAUAGAUCAAAAUCUGUGUUUUUUGUGUAAGAGAAUCGAAGUAAUGUCAUCGUUGUCAAUUGUCAUUUUUGCCAGACCGCUACCGCUGUCAUCCUCUUGAUCGUAAAGAAAAGGAAAAAAGAAAAAAAAAAAAAAAUAUGAAAAAAUGUAGAAACGAAAAAAAAAAAAGUGGACUUAUUCAUGUUUCAUUGUCAUGAUCACUCGCGAAGAGGAGGGAGUGCAUGGUCUUUUAACGCACAAUAUAACAUACGAUCGAUCUAUUUUAACUUAAUUAUGUGUUAUCAAUUACAUGCGUAUAUAUGUGUUCACUUUUUUUUUAAUCUCACAAGUUUUAUUAUAGGCUUCAAAAAAAGAAGAAAAAAAGAAAAAAAAAAUAGAGACUAGAUCAGUGUCGUUAAAUCUUACACGGAUGACCCGAUGAGAUUUUGAAUUUAGAUUUUCAAAUAUUUCAUUUAAUUCUAGAAUUAAUUUUACUUUGGCUACGUAUGCUAUGUUUUGCGCAAUAACGAUCAACUUAUUGCGUAGAAUGUAGAAUAUAAAUACCUUAAAAUUUAGCGGUCCAGCGUGUGAUCUAACUUGUGAUCGAUAUUUACGUAUCGAGAUUUAUUAUUAUAUUUAUUAUUGCUAGUAUCACGUUCAUGCGUCUAUUAGAUAUUUACUUUUCUUCGCCAGCCUCCCUUCCUUCGUGACAUGUCUGUAUUAUUUGAUUUGAAAAAAAGGAAAAAGAAACGUGAAGAUGCGCGCGUAGCAUCAUUGCUCUCACGACUGCCAAAAAUCGCGUGAUUGAUGACUCGAUUGAUGAAUAAAUUGAUCGUCGAUCGCGAUUCUUCUGAGUGACGAACCUUACGUGAAAAAAAAAGAAAUGGGAGAACGUUCAAAACAAUUGCAUUGCAUUUUUUUCAUACAGUAACGCAAGACGAAUAUUUGGGAAAAAAAAAAGAACGAAAUGACGCAAACGAAAGAAAUGGAAAAGAAAAAAACAAAAAAAGCAACUAAUACGUUUCUUCCUUAUCUUCCUUUCUAGUCUUGUCUUUCACCUCUGCAUGGUGCUGAUUUAAGAACUGAGAGCACUCCCAAGUGCAAAAGUAUAAUUUUAUAUUCUAGACACGAAAAGAAAAAUAAAAAAAACAAAAAACAGAAAAAAUGAUGGAAAAAGAAAAGAAAUUAUACUGCAAUGGCAGGGCGGUAGUGUGAAAUACACGGAAUAAGAAACAACAAACAAAGAGAACGAAACGAGUGCGAGUUUCGAUCUGACACAUAGGUGAAGCAAUAUAGAACUUCGAGCAUCGCGGAAUAAUAUUCUAUAUAAGGUAUUUGGAAAAAAAGAAAUAAAAUGCUGUGUAAACGAAAACGAGGUCCGAUAUUUCGUGGGGAUGCAGAAGAUAUGAAACAGUUUGGGAAAAAAAAAAAAAAAAAAUGUGCGGAAACAAAAGGAAAAAAAAACAAAAACAAAAAAUUGAUAAUGUACAAAAAUGAUUUUCUAAGCGCGCCAUGGAAAUUAUUAUGUCUAGGAACAGAAAAAAAAAAAAAAAAGAAAUUCGUAUUAUUCUAUCUUUAAGUCUGGCUACCUGACGAGAAUCUCUGCCCCCUCCCCCACAAUUUAUAGGAUUAGUAGUUUUAACAAAGAAACAAACAAACGAAAAAAAAAAAAAAAGUUUACCGAAUACUCUGGAGACUACACGAAUAAAGCUUAUCAAUGAUUGUAUCUCGAGUGAUGAUUUAUUAUUUGUACUCUCGAAAAAUGUUGUCAGCUUUUAAUGUUACAUGUAAAGGGAAAAAAAAAGAAAAAAAAAAAUAAGUGAAAACAAAUCCGUCGAAAAGAAGAAUUUUCACGAAGCAAGCGUUGUGUUAUUUCCGUGUGCGUUGCCAAAUUUUCGACCAGACAUUUUGUAAAUGUCGUUAUAAAUUUAUCGAACUUGUCGUCCGUGUUGGUUGUUGUCUCGUCGCUCGCGUAAACUCGUACACCUUCUCAACAAUCGUUAAGAGAUAUAGAAGCGACGGAUUUAAAAUGGCCUGCGAUCGUUUAGCCUUUAGGAGGUACCAUUAAUUUUUUACUAUGUUUUGUACAUUGACCUAUGAACGCUCAAGAAUUUCGUCAUUACAAA